CCGAUGCAUGGCAGUUUACUUGACUCGCACAAUCAUUAAUUACUCAUUAAUUGGACGAUUUUAUACACUAUGGUUUAUAAUAAUAAGCUUAUACGAAUUAUAGCGCAGCAAUCAAGAGGUGCAAUAGAAACCAUGAAAAUAUUUAUAUUGGUCUAUAAUAUGAAGCAUAAAUUCUAGACUGAUAUACAUUGAACCCGAUCCCACGAAAUCCAAUUCUAACAUAAAAGACGAUCAGGAUAUUUGAAUAUUAUGUGUUAAAAGUGUCCCAUCUUCCCCGACUCUACUAUAUACUGGUUUGCUCAGAGGAUAUACGGAUUUAAGGUUCGACGCUCCUACCAUUGUGGUCCUUUGUGUCCUUGGCAUUAAAACUAACAACAAUUGCUUUAACCCAACGGUUCCUCAUGAAAAAAUUAUACACGAAUUAUUGACUUGAAAAAAGUUCCCAUUUUCAACUAUCUCGUACGCUAAGGUGGCAAAAAUAUGUAUAAAAUAUGUUUUUAAAAUUCUCUUUAAAUUCAAUUUUAGUUGCCGAUCAAGUUUUUCAAGUUUAUGUCGCCAAAGGCAAAUACUUUUUGUUGUUUUGCAGAUACUUUGCAGCAAAGUUGGAUUUGUACAACGGCUUUAUAGGCGCUAUAUACCAUUAGUUGUUGUUAAUAGAAUUUACAGCCAACUGUAUUAAAUGACAGAGUCUAUAUAGAUAAAAAAGAAAUAUAAGUCCAUUGUGAAUAAUUAGUAUUAAUAUACUUUUAUGCGGGUAAGCUGUUUUUAGCGGAGUCUUUAAUGGCGCAACUUUUAUUGCUUUUCAUCGUUGUUGGUUCGUGUUGGGAUUGCAUCGCUGAUCCGCAAAAUAAUUUCUACUGCGGUCCUACGGAAGUAUCUGGCAGCAACAAUAUUCCAACCCCGACGUUUACCACAAGAACCGUUGCAGUCGGUCCACCUGGUAAACGGGGUCCUCCUGGACCACCUGGGAACCUCACACGCUGCUAUUGUCCGAGAGAAAACGAGCUACGACGCAGAGUUCAAGAACUAGAGGAACAAGUUUCGGGGCAGCAACCAAUAGGUGUAGUGCGAGAUUGUAAACAACUAAAGUUACGGAAUCCAAACGCCACUACUGGUGUAUAUACGAUCCAUGAUACAAGUGGAAUUCCCUAUCCUGUAUAUUGUGACAUGGAAGCAGACAAUGGUGGCUGGACGCUUGUAGCUUCUGUGCAUGAAAACUACAUUGGCGAAGAGGUAGGUAGAUGUACAGUAGGUGAUCGAUGGUCGAGUCAGCAAGGCAACUCCCCGCUUCGACCGGAAGGUGACGCUAGCUGGCAAAAUUUGAAUACUUUUGGUCGUGCCGUGUCGGCAACCAGCGAUGAUUACAAGAGCCAAGCUUACUUUGAGUUGCAAGCCAGAGACGUGAUGGUUUGGCAAGUACCGAACGACACUCCUUUAUCCGAAUUAAGUUCUGAGGCUUAUCUCAAAUACCGAACAACAAAUGGUUUUUUAACACGCUAUGGCAGUAACAUGUUCAAACUUUACUCUGUUUAUUAUCCAGUUAAAUCUGGAGUCUACACUUUUCCGACAGACAGUGGUCCAAGUAUACCGGUCGUAUUUGAUCAAGGAUCUACUAUUUCACUCUUAGUUCAUCUUCCAACAUUGGCUCUCACAGGUAUUGAAGCAGGAUACAUACAAUUUCGAGCAAUAGACGUUCAUCGAGAUGCGUUUGCAUUCUGUCCAGGUGUGCGAAACAAGCCCACGUUUAACCAUCCAUCGCAAAGUUGCAUUGGUUCAGCAGGGCGCACGCGCCACAACUUUUAUUGUGGUGACUUUUCCGGCUUUUACCAUAAUGGUCACGCAGUAGGAACAGGGUGGAGCGCUGAUGCUACAUUACUCAAUUCGUCAUUCCUCUUAUUUUAUCGCUAAAAUUUAAACAC